GCCAUAUCGGCUGAGGGCAGACGCGGUUUCGCGCCGGCUCGGCCGGGCAGGGCGCGCGGAGCGGCCAUCUUGAGGACACGGCUGCGGGGAGCAGGGAAUUCCACAGACUCCGCGCGGCCAUGGGGAGGAUCGGGCUGCAGCUCCGCGCCACGCUGGAGAACAUCACCCGGCUGCGGGCCGAGGGCCAGGACUUCCGAUGGUACCUCAAGCUGAAAUGUGGGAACUGCGGUGAAGUCUCUGAAAAGUGGCAGUACCUGCGGCUGAUGGACAGUGCUCCCCUGAAAGGAGGCCGAGGAAGCGCCACAAUGGUGCAGAAGUGCAAGCUGUGCUCCAGGGAGAACUCCAUUGAUAUUUUAAGUCAGACAAUCAAGCCUUACAAUGCUGAAGACAGCGAGCAAUUCAAAACAAUUGUGGAGUUUGAAUGCCGAGGUCUGGAACCAGUUGACUUUCAACCACAGGCAGGAUUUGCUGCUGAAGGUGCAGAAUCUGGCACACCUUUCAAUGAUAUAAACUUGUUAGAAAAGGAUUGGAAUGACUAUGAUGAAAAAACAAAGGAAUCUGUUGGAAUCUAUGAAGUUACCCAUAAAUUUGUAAAAUGCUGAAGUUCUUACCCCUAACAAAUUAUGACAUGGUUAUUGAUGGAGGAGCUAUAAACAUCAGAUACGCAGCUUCCUUGGAGUUACCUUUUUACAUGGCUGCACUUCAGAAAUGGAAACCUAAGUUCACAGAAUCAUUAAGGUUGGAAGAGAUCUCCAAGAUCGAGUUCAACCUUUGACCAACAUCACUGAGUUGUACUUUCUGUCCCCAGCAUGCCCUAAUAAAGUAUUUCCCAUGGAGCACUUGGAGAUGGCCUCAGUACAAACUGAAAAUAGUACAUAUUGACUGAACUGUGCCAUGUUCUUAAUGCUGUGGGGUUUUGGAAUUACAA